UGUACUUAACUCCAUUACUCCCCACGAAGAACCCCGCUCCUUUCUACUAGCAUCAGUUGCUGUAUACCACUCUCUCUCUCUCUCUAUUCAUCUCUCCGAAGAAUAACACAAAAAUGGCGUCCGAGGGGAUCUUGUUGGGUAUGGGAAACCCACUCCUUGACAUUUCUGCUGUUGUCGACGAUGAUUUCUUGCAAAAGUAUGACAUCAAGCUGAACAAUGCUAUCCUUGCGGAAGACAAGCACAUACCCAUGUACGAUGAGAUGGCCAGCAAGUAUACCGUAGAAUUCAUUGCAGGAGGUGCUACUCAAAAUUCAAUCAAAGUUGCACAGUGGAUGCUCCAAAUUCCUGGUGCAACCAGCUAUAUGGGCUGCAUUGGAAAGGACAAGUUUGGGGAGGAGAUGAAGAAAAACUCAAUGAAAGCUGGUGUUAAUGUACAUUAUUAUGAGGAUGAGGCUGCUCCAACUGGAACAUGUGCUGUUUGUGUUGUCGGUGGUGAGAGGUCGCUUAUCGCAAAUUUGUCUGCUGCAAAUUGUUACAAAUCUGAGCACUUAAAGAGGCCAGAAAAUUGGGCACUUGUUGAAAAGGCAAAAUAUUUCUACAUUGCCGGGUUCUUCCUUACCGUGUCUCCUGAAUCCAUUAUGCUUGUUGCUGAACAUGCAGCUGCAAACAACAAGAUCUUCACGAUGAAUCUUUCUGCUCCAUUUAUCUGCGAGUUCUUCAAGGAUGCGCAGGAGAAUGCUCUUCCUUAUAUGGACUAUGUCUUUGGAAAUGAGACUGAAGCCAGAACCUUUGCCAAGGUUCAUGGAUGGGAGACUGAGAAUGUCGAGGAGAUUGCUCUAAAGAUUUCCCAAUGGCCCAAGGCAUCAGGGGCACACAAGAGGAUUACUGUUAUUACUCAGGGUGCAGAUCCUGUUGUGGUUGCUGAGGAUGGGAAGGUGAAAUUAUUCCCUGUGAUAUUGUUACCCAAGGAGAAGCUUGUUGACACCAAUGGAGCAGGUGAUGCAUUUGUUGGUGGAUUUUUGUCCCAACUGGUACAAGAGAAGCCCAUUGAAGACUGUGUGAAAGCUGGUUGCUAUGCGGCAAAUGUCAUAAUCCAAAGGUCAGGUUGCACAUAUCCUGAAAAGCCUGAUUUCAGUUAGAGGCUCCUUUCUCCCACCCGAAAGUUUUACUAUAUACGGUCUGAGUAAGGUUUUCUGUGCGUCGUGGCGGCCUACAUUAUUUGCUACUGAACCAUAUAUUUUGGUAGAAUUUUUAUUUUUAUGUCAUCGAUGCUGUAUAUGCUUUGGGAUAGUAGUCCACAGCGCUGAUGAAUCUAUCCGUGGCAUAAUCCACCAAGCAUUUAUUUUCUUCCCGCUUUCGCAAUGAAAAAUAAACCAGGUCUGGUUCAGACGA